AUGAGCAAACCAACGGAGCUGGAACGAAGCCUCCCAGCCAUUGCCUCCAUCAGCACCUCCCUGUCCCAGAGCCAGGGCUUCUCCCCAUACUGCUACUUCUCCCCGGAGAAGAGGAAAGCCAUCUCAGAUGUGAGGAGAACCUUCUGCCUCUUCGUCACCUUCGACCUGCUCUUCAUCUCCUUGUUGUGGAUCAUCGAGUUGAACACCAAGGAGGGCAUUCAGAAGAACCUGGAGAGUGAAAUCAUCUGCUACCAUUUCAAGAGCUCCUUCUUUGAUAUAUUUGUCUUGGCUUUCUUCCGCUUCGCGGUGCUGCUCCUGGCCUACGCCCUGGUCCGGCUGCGCCACUGGUGGGUCAUCGCGGUCACUACACUGGUAUCCAGUGCCUUCCUGAUUGUCAAGGUCAUCCUCUCUGAGCUUCUGACCAAAGGGGCUUUUGGCUAUUUACUUCCCAUCGUCUCCUUUGUCAUUGCUUGGCUAGAGACUUGGUUCCUGGAUUUCAAGGUCCUAUCUCAGGAAGCAGAAGAGGAACGAUGGUACCUGGCAGCUCAGGCUGCAGCUGCUCGUGGGCCCCUGCUCUACCCCAGAGCCCUUUCCGAGGGGCAGUUCUACUCCCCACCAGAGUCCUUUGCAGGGUCAGACAACGAGUCGGACGAGGAGGGCACAGGGAGGAAGGCCUUGACAGCUCAGGAGAGAGAGUAUGUCCGGCAGGGCAGGGAUGCCAUGGAGGUUGUGGACCAAAUCCUCGCCCAGGAGGAGAACUGGAAGUUUGAGAAAAAUAAUGACUUUGGGGAUGUUGUUUACACUUUUGAAAUACCUUUCCAUGGCAAGUCCUUUAUUUUAAAGGCCUUCCUGCAGUGCUCUGCUGAAACGGUUUACCAGGAGGUUAUUCUGCAGCCUGAGAAGAUGAUCCUGUGGAACAGAACGGUGGCAGCUUGCCAGAUCUUGCAGCGGAUUGAAGACAACACCAUCGUGUCCUAUGAUGUGGCAGCUGGGGCUGCAGGGGGGGGGGUGUCCCCAAGGGAUUUUGUGAACGUGCGCCGGAUCGAGAGGAGGAGGGACAGGUACAUCUCCUCAGGGAUAUCAACCACGCACAGCCUGAAGCCUCCGCUCUCCAAGUAUGUCAGGGGUGAGAAUGGGCCUGGAGGAUUCAUCAUCCUGAAAUGUCCCAGCAACCCCAGGGUCUGCACGUUCAUCUGGAUCCUCAACACAGACCUGAAGGGCCGCCUGCCCCGGUACCUGAUCCACCAGAGCUUGGCUGCCACCAUGUUCGAGUUCGCCUUCCACCUGCGGCAGCGGGGCAGCGAGCUGGGGGGGGAGCCCCCCAACACGGACACCCUGGGGCUGCAUCCACACCCAGGGGGGGAAAG